AUGGCAACAGUAGAGCAUCCUAUAAAGGAGAAAACAUCAUUAAAAACCAGAGGCUUGGCUCUCCUGCUGCAAGUACAACUGGGUUCUGGCUACAAGCUGGUAUGCUACUUUACUAACUGGUCUCAGUACCGGCCAGAACCAGCCAAGUAUUUCCCCAAGAAUGUGGACCCAUGCUUGUGCACACACCUGGUAUACGCCUUCGCCACCAUGAAUGAGAACAAGAUUGCUCCCUAUGAGUGGAAUGACAUCGACGUCCUGUACCCACAGUUCCGAGCCCUGAAAGAACAGAAUAAAGAUCUUGUCAAUCUGCUUGCCAUUGGAGGCUGGAACUUUGGCACACAGAAGUUCACCACCAUGGUUUCCUCCGAAGCCAACCGCAAGACCUUCAUCUGUUCAGUCAUUGAUUUUCUCCGGCUCCAUGGCUUUGAUGGCAUUGACUUGGACUUUGAGUAUCCUGGCUCUCGAGGCAGCCCCCCUGAAGACAAACAGCGUUUUACCAUCCUGAUCAAGGAAAUGUUAGAGCUUUUCGAACAAGAGGCCAAAGAAACGGGACUCCCCAGGCUGCUCAUAACCGCAGCUGUGUCUGCGGGGAAAGGCACCAUCGAUGCGGGAUAUGAGAUUGCAGAGAUUGGAAAGCUCUUGGACUUCAUCAGUGUGAUGACUUAUGACUUCCAUGGUGGUUGGGACUCAUGUACCGGACACAACAGCCCCCUGCAUGUGGGAUCCAAAGACCAAGGAGAUAAUCGCUAUUUCAACUGUGAAUAUGCCAUGAAGUAUUGGGAAGACAAUGGGGUUCCAGCUGAGAAGCUCAUCAUGGGAUUCCCCACCUAUGGGCGAACUUUCCGGCUCACCACCUCUGACACUUCUGUCUGUGCCCCUGCCUCUGGGGCAGGCUCAUCUGGUCCUUACACUCGUGAGGCCGGCUUCUGGGCUUACUAUGAGAUCUGCACCUUUUUAAAAGAUGCAACAACUGCCUGGAUCGAGGACCAGAAAGUCCCCUAUGCCUACAAAGGCAAUGAAUGGAUCGGCUUUGACAAUGUGGAAAGCUAUGAGCAUAAGGUGGAUUUUGUCAAGCAGAACAAGUUUGGGGGUGCUAUGGUUUGGGCCAUCGAUCUUGAUGAUUUCUCUGGGACUUUCUGCAACGAGGGCAAACAUCCACUCAUUAGUAAACUACGGUCUCUCCUGGGGCUGUCAGCAGAGUGUACACCAGCCAGUAAAUCUCUGCAAGACCUAUUUCCAGCACCUAGAGGUCAAAGCUUCUGCUCCAACACUGGAGGAGGAUCAGGGGGUGAGGGAGGCAGUGGUGGAGAAGGAGGCGGUGAUGGAGGCAGUGGUGGUGAUGGGGGCAGUGGUGGAGGAACUGGUGGGGAUGGUGGUUUUUGUGCUGGUAAAGCAGAUGGCACCUAUGUUGAUCCUGAAAACAACACCAAGUUCUACCAGUGUGCUGGAGGCAAGACAUUUCAUUUCCAGUGUUCCCAGGGCCUGGUCUUUAAGGAGAAUUGUAUGUGCUGUGACUGGCCUUAAAACAAAGAGUAAUACUCUGUUAAAAAACCUUCUGGUGUUAUCCCAAUCUCCACUAAGUGGGAAGCUCCUUGAAGACAGAUUUGCUUUUUAUCAGUCCUUGAAUUCUCCCCAAAGUGUGUAGCCUGGUGCCAGGCACAUAACAAGCACCCCAUAAAUGUACUUAUCUGUAAUCUAAUCAGUAUGAGAUCUUAGUCCAUUCAUGGAUGCCCACCUUGUGUUAACUCCUAUCCCUGUCUUCCCAUGAUCACCAAAGAGGCCCACCCAACAUCCCGGAUGCCUUUCUCAACUUCUCUUAAUAGCAUGAGGAUACCAAUGGGAAAAACAUCACUGGAAUAUUUAAAAAACAACAUCCCAGUAUACGCAUCUGGUAAUGGUGUCAAAAUUGCAAUUUUCCCCCUAGGGUUGGGAAACUUUGAAAAGGUAUUAGUUCAAUCUCUUUACUACUAUAUCUCAAGGUCUUACUCUUGUAAUAGCUGGAAAAUGUUAACCUUGAACCGGUGCAGAGACUGGAAUUUUGUGUUGAGUGAAGAUUUGCAAUAAA